AUGCUGAAUUCUAUUGAAGACAGACCAGGCAGCUCAGAGCAGCAGCAGCAGCAGCAGCAGCAGCAGCAGCAGCAACAGUGCAGCACGCGCAGAAUAUCUGCGAAUGAUUGUGCUGCUGAUGCUGCUCCUGCUGCUGCUCCUGCAGCAGCAGCAGCAGCAGCAGCAGCAGCAGCAGCAGCACAGCAGCAGCAGCAGCAGCAGCAACAGCAGCAGCAGCAGCAGCAGCAGCAGAAAUGUUUGCUGCUGCCACUGAUGCAUGAAGAAUGCGACCAAGAAAAUAUCAGCGCAGCAGAGCUCAACCGCCUGCACGGAGGGGCAACAGCGCGAAGAAGGCCUCGCCGACAUUUGGGGGCUGCUGCAGCCCGACGAGCAGCAGCAGCAGCAGCAGCAGCAGCAACAGCAGCAGCAGCAACAGCAGCAAGAAUCAGGUUUGCUGCAGCCUCCUCUGCCUUUGUCUGCUGCUGCAUUACAGCCGUCUUCAUCACCGCAGCAGCAGCAGCAGCAGCAGCAGCAGCAGCAGCAGCAGCAGAGCAGCAGCAGCAGCAACAGCAGCAGCAGCAGCAACAGCAGCAGCAGCAGCAGCAGCAGCAGCAAGAAUCAGGUUUGCUGCAGCCUCCUCUGCCUUUGCCUGCUGCUGCAUUACAGCCGUCUUCAUCACCGCAACAGCAGCAGCAGCAGCAGCAGCAGCAACAGCAGCAGCAGCACUACCCCCUCCCCCACCACCACCACCACCAUCAGCAGCAGCAGCAGCAACAGCAGCAGCAGCAGCAGCAGCAGCAGCAGCAGCAGCAGAGUUGUUUCGUUACGUUGCUCGCAUGCAGCAAGAGUAGAUAA